AUGUCAGACAACGAAUAUGAACGUUUCGAAAUAACUGAUUAUGAUAUCGACAAUGAAUUUAAUCCGAAUAGGCCAAGAAAGAAACUUAGCAAACAGCAGCAAAUAUAUGGUAUUUGGGCCGACGAUAGUGACAAUGAGGACGUACAAGAAACAAGCGGUCGCCGAAGCCGCAAAGGUCGUUCGGGUUUCGGUGGCGUUUCGAAAGCUAAGCGGUCCAAAGAUUAUACUGCACCGGUAAAUUUUGUUGCUGGUGGAAUACAACAAUCUGGAAAGAAAAAACCAGUUGAUGAUGGCAAAGAUGAUCAUCCUAUUACCGAUGAAGAAGAUGAUCUAGAAGCUAGGCCGGGUUUUGGUAGCGGUGCUGCAAUUAUUGAUAAUGAUGAAUCUUCGGAUUCUAGUAAUGAGUCCACCGAAGAAGAGCAGAUUAAAAAUAGCAAGACAAAGCCGAUGGGUCAACCAAGCUACCGGAGUAAUGUCAAAUCUCUCGGCGCCUGGGAACAGCAUACUCGUGGUAUUGGAGCCAAGCUAUUGCUGCAAAUGGGUUACGAACCGGGGAAAGGUUUGGGUAAAGAUCUACAAGGUAUUGCUCAACCGGUGGAAGCUCAUGUGCGCAAAGGACGUGGUGCAAUAGGAGCAUAUGGUCCAGAAACCUCUGCUUCAGUAACCGGAAAAGCACAACUUGACGAAGAUAUAAGAGAUGCUAAAGAGUUCAAAGAGAAACUAAAUAAGUGGAAGAAGACAGACAGCCGUAGCGAGAAGAAUUCAAAAAAAUAUUACUAUAAGACUGUGGAAGAGGUUCUGGAGAAGGGUAAAAGAUCCAAUUUUAUGUUGGGCGAUAAAAUUAGCAAAAAGUUGGGAAACGUUCCAGUAAUCGAUAUGACUGGUCCCGAGAAGCGCGUUUUAAGUGGAUAUCAUGCUUUAAGCCAAUCUAAAGUUCAAGAAGAAGAUCUUUAUGAUCUUACUCAUGACGCUCAGAAAAAAACUAUCAAUACUUCGGGAGGCUUUGCUCUUCCAGAAUUAAUGCAUAAUUUGUCUUUAAUAGUCAAUAUGUGCGAACAAGAUAUUAUAACUUUGGACUCAGCCGAGCAUAGCGCAUCUGAGCGCUUUACCGCUUUAGAACAGGAGAGAAAGCAAUUGCUGGAAAUUGUUAGAUUGGAAGAAGACCACAUUGACACUUUAGAAAAAGCUUUAGCUCUGGUUAAUGAGCUAACCUCCGGCGAAGAUAAAUUAACCUUGCAACGUGCCGAGCAAAUAUUUAUAGAAUUGCAGCAAAAAUACGCAGCCGAAUAUAAGGAAUUCUGUUUGGACGAUUUAGCUGCGGGUGUAAUAGCCCCAUUAGUUAAAGAUGCUUUAAAAGAUUGGCAACCUUUAGAAAAUCCCACUUUGCAUGUGGAUCUAAUUAGAAAAUGGCGAGCUAUUUUGGAGACUUUCGCUGAUCCUCAGUCUUUGGCGCGUACUAAUAUAUUUGAUCCGUAUUCCUCGUUGAUCUGGGCUGGUGUAAUACCUUCAUUUCGGGCUUGUGCUGAACAUUGGCAGCCAAAAAAUCAUCAAAUAAUGGCUGCUUUACUAGAUUGUUGGGCUCCAUUGUUUCCUUCCUGGAUCUUAGACUCCGUAUUGGAGCAAUUGGUACUGCCGCGUUUGCAUGUUGGCGUAAAAUCUUGGGAUCCUUUGACUGAUACAGUACCCAUACAUAUAUGGAUUUUACCAUGGAAUUCUAUAUUAGGACAUAAAAUGGAAGAGUUUAUCUAUCCGACUAUACGCGAGAAGUUAGGUAAUGCUUUGCAAGCGUGGAUUCCGCAAGAUCGUUCAGCUCGGGCUAUGCUCACACCUUGGAAGGGUGCCUUUGAUUCGCAGGAAAUGGAGGUUUUUUUAAUGCAGCACAUAAUACCAAAGUUGCUAAUGGUUUUAAACGAUUUCAUUAUCAAUCCUCUGCAACAAGAUUUGGAACCUUGGAGUCAAGUGUGGGAAUGGCAUGAAUUAAUACCAACUGCGCAAAUGGCUCGCAUGCUAGAUAAGCACUUCUUUCCUAAAUGGAUGCAAGUUCUAGUUCUGUGGUUGAAUCAGUCCCCCGAUUAUGUGGAAAUAUCCAAUUGGUAUACGGGCUGGAAAAGUAUGCUCUCGGACGAUUUGUUAAAUGAGCCCAAUAUCAAAGAACAUUUGCGUAGAGCUUUGGAAAUUAUGCAUCGUGUUACGGAUUCAGUUAUAAAAGAUGGACCGAGUGCAGCGCCACCGCCUCCUCAACCCCCACCAACGCCGCAAGCUUUAGUUGAUUUGCAAAUGUCUGGCGCUCCUGUAGUCGAAUUUAAGGAACUAGUUUCCCGUAAAUGUUCAGAGCGUGGCAUCAUUUUCGCUCCCCUGCCCGGCAGACGGGAACUUGGCAAACAAAUCUAUCGGGUCGGUAAACUCUAUUGCUAUAUCGAUCGUAAUGUUUGCAUGCUAAGUGAUAGCAGUUUUAAAAAUUGGACUCCAACGCUCCUGCAGCCUAUGUUAGAGCGUGCGGUAACGGGAAAUUUAUAACUUAU